CAUUGUGGGACGGUGGCGCGGCCUGGCAGGGGACGGAGCCGAGAUGGCAUCGGGGGCCGUAGCGAACGCCGCCCCUGUGGGGGGGGCGAGCGACGUGAGCCUGGAGGAACCGAAGAAGAUGACGAGGGAAGACUGGAGGAAAAAGAAGGAACUGGAAGAACAGAGGAAACUCGGGAAUGCACCUGCCGAGGUGGAUGAAGAGGGAAAGGAUAUCAAUCCUCAUAUUCCCCAGUACAUCUCCUCAGUGCCCUGGUACAUAGAUCCUUCUAAGAGACCCACUCUAAAGCAUCAGAGACCUCAGCCAGAGAAGCAGAAACAGUACAACUCCUCUGGAGACUGGUACAAACGAGGAGUUCAGGAGAACUCUGUGGCCACGAGGUACCGAAAAGGAGCCUGUGAGAACUGUGGGGCCCUGACACACAAAAAGAAGGACUGCAUGGAGAGGCCCAGGAAAGUUGGAGCAAAGUACACAGGGAUGAAUAUUGCCCCAGACGAGCACGUGCAGCCCCAGCUGAUGUUUGACUACGACGGGAAGCGGGACCGCUGGAAUGGCUAUAACCCCGAGGAGCACAUGAAGAUCGUGGAGGAGUAUUCCAAGGUUGAUUUGGCCAAACGUACCCUGAAAGCACAGAAGCUUCAGGAGGAGCUGGCAUCAGGGAAGCUGGAGCAAGUGAACUCCCCAAGACACCAGUGGGGAGAAGAGGAACCCAAUUCACAGACAGAAAGAGAUCAUAACAGUGAAGAUGAAGAUGAAGAUAAAUAUGCAGAUGACAUUGAUAUGCCUGGGCAGAACUUUGACUCUAAGAGACGUAUCACAGUUCGAAAUCUGCGUAUUCGAGAAGAUAUUGCCAAAUACUUGAGGAAUCUGGAUCCAAACUCUGCUUAUUAUGAUCCCAAAACGAGGGCAAUGAGGGAGAACCCAUAUGCCAACACAGGCAAGAAUCCAGAUGAAGUUGGUUACGCUGGUGACAACUUCGUUCGCUACACUGGAGACACCAUUUCCAUGGCACAGACCCAGUUGUUUGCUUGGGAAGCUUAUGACAAAGGCUCUGAAGUUCAUCUUCAAGCAGACCCUACAAAGUUGGAGCUCCUUUAUAAAUCCUUCAAAGUGAAAAAAGAAGAUUUCAAGGCACAGCAGAAAGAAAGCAUCCUAGAGAAGUAUGGAGGACAAGAACACCUGGAUGCCCCACCAGCUGAGCUGCUGUUGGCUCAAACAGAGGAUUAUGUGGAGUACUCCAGGCAUGGAACAGUCAUCAAAGGACAAGAGAAAGCUAUUGCUUGCUCUAAGUAUGAAGAGGAUGUGAAGAUCAACAACCAUACAUGCAUUUGGGGUUCAUACUGGAAAGAAGGCAAGUGGGGUUACAAGUGCUGCCACUCCUUUGUCAAGUACUCCUACUGCACAGGAGAGGCUGGGAAGGAAAUUGCGAACACAGAAGCAAGUUUACUGGAAGAGCAGCCUGGGGAGGAAGAACACAUGACAAAACCCAAAACACUGAUGGAGAUCCACCAAGAGAAACAGAAAGAGAAGAAAAAGAAGAAGCACAAGAAGAGCUCGAAUUCAGACAGUGAGGGUGAAGAGAAAAAGAAGCAAGAAAAACUUAAAAAGGCACUGAAUGCAGAAGAGGCUCGUCUGCUCCACGUUAAGGAAAUCAUGCAGCUGGAUGAGAGGAAGAGGCCCUACAACAGCCAGUAUGAGGCCAGGGAGCCAACAGAGGAGGAGAUGGAAGCCUACAGGAUGAAAAGGCAGAGACCUGACGAUCCUAUGGCCUCUUUCCUUGGACAGUAAUCACAGGGAAGAUCAUUCCAGUCCAAAAGGCUUUUUUCCAUACUUGUUCACAACUCUCCAGACAUUUGCUUCCCUUCCACAUGUCUGAAAUGGCACCAGAGAAGUCUGUGCAAACUUCUUUCAGCAGACAGAAGCAGUCCAGUGCUCAGUUAUCAAUGUUAUGUGUGUGU